AAAAAGAGCAGCUUCUUCAAAACCACGAUUUAGAUCAGACGAUAUUCAAUUUGCCAUUAUCAAAUUAACCUACCCCAUAUCGAUACACACAUCAUAUCAUGUCAUCUGAGCCAAUAAAACUAGACCAAUUCAUAUUGGCCAUUAAGGAUUUACAACAAAGUAAUCUUGAAUCACUUAAAAAACAACUCAUAAACUCAUUAACCAAAUUAAUCCAGACCAAUAACGAAUUAUAUCAAGAAACCACUAGUAUGAAACAUCAAUUAAGUUUGAAUGAUACCAAUGAAUUGGAAUUAAAGGAUUUAUCCACUUUAUAUACUGAAACCAUUGAUGAUAAUAAAAUCGUUAUCAAGGAACAAAAAUCUCGAAUUAAAGCUAUUCAUGAUGAAUUGGUUAAUAGAGGUACCAUCAGUUAUGAAGACAAAAUUAAAUCAGAAGCUCAAAUCUUCAAUGAUUUAAAUAGUCUCGAUAAUAGCAUCCCAGUUGAUAUCAAGAAAGAUGAUGAAAUACAAAACGAUGAUGAUCCUAAUACUGAUCAAGAAGGUGUAUACUUAUGAUGAUCCAUAUAAAAAAAACUAUUUACAUAUAUUCUGUCUGUCUAUUUACAAAGGUUAUUUUUCUAUUGGUUUAGAAACAUCUUUACCAAAAAGCUUAUUAAUGAAUGGUUUUUCAUUUUGAUUCAUUGGAUCUUCCGGUUUCUUACAGAUCAACAUAUAAGUGGUUCCCAAAUGAACUCUCUUUUCAUAAGUGAUAUCCAAACCUGCAUCAUCAAUUAAUUCAGGAAUAUCUAAAUUCCAACGACAUCCCCAAGUUUUCAUUCUUCUUUCACUUCUAAAAUCUAAAUGAUUAUUAAUGAAUCCCCAUGUACUUCUACCAUGUUCCAAUAAGAUGAUUCUACCUCCUGGUUUUAAUAAUUCUUUCAUGUUUUUAAGAGCUUGAACAGGAUCUUCAUGGGCACAUAAUCCAAAAGUUUCAAUAAUUGUAUCGUAUUUUAUA